UUUUGGCUGGGUCUCUCCAGGGUCUUACUUGCUUUGCCAGCUGAAGAGCCUAGAACCUUCCUUUUCUCCUGGAAUUCCCCAAGCGUGCAAUCAUGAGGCAACUUUACUCCAAAGCACAGCAGUCCAUCUUCUGCUUUGCUUCCAAAGCAGCUUCAAAAGGUGGGAGUGAUAAGUGAAAGACAUUGGAGGAAAUCAAGUCAAAAGGAGAAAGAUUAUGACCAAAGAUGGGAGAGAAGGUGGGGGCACAUUUGGAGCAUGCGGAAUGUCCCCUCACAUCUUGAGCCCUUGCAAGCACAUGCUCAAGAUGGGCCACUGGAAAAUCAGCUGGAGGGGAUAAUGAAGAUUAAAUGGACCAGUGAGCUAUUGAAAGGAGCCAGCUUUUUCUCCUCAAAAGAGUCAAUGAUUUGUGGGAUGCUGUAUGGAGAAGUGUAAUCCAAGCACACAUUUCUUCUAUAAAGCCCUAAAAAAAAUAAGUGAGCAUAUCUUGUCUUUAGUAAGGCACUCAGUACAUUCAGAUUUUGUGUGGCUACAGCAUCUAGGGAGUAGACUUAGGGUUAGGAACUACAGUUAUUCCUCAAUUUACGACCACAAUUGAGCCCAAAAUUUAUGUUGGUAAGUCAGAUAGUUAAGUGAAUUUUGCUGCAUUUUACAACCUUUCUUGCCACAGACGUUAAGUGAACCACUGCAGCUGUUAAAUUAGUAAUGCGGUUGUUAAGUAAAUCUGGCUUCCCUAUUGACUUUGCUCAUUGGAAGGUUGCAAAAAGCGAUCACAUAUCCCUCGGACACUGCAACUGUCAUGAGUCAGUUGCCAAGCAUCUGAAUUUUGAUCACAUGACAUGAGGAUGUUGCAAUGGUCAUAAGUGUGAAAAAUGGUCAUAAGUCACUUUAUUCAGUGCUGUUGUAACUGAAAGGUCACUAAAUGAACUGUUGUGAGUCGAAGAGUACCUGUAAGUGACUUCCAUUUGAGACUAUUCAGACUGAAGUUUUAAGGGCAAUUUGGGGAAGUAAAUUCUGAACUCAACCCAUAGACAUACCUAAGAAAUAUCGGAUUGUUGGGAGCCGGGGGGUGGGGGGGAAGGAUAUUUAACUUGGGGCUAUUUCCUCCCAUAAUGCCUGGCCUUGGCCCCUUAUUAGUGGUAGAGCUUUUUCAUGAAUCCGGGAAACUAAAGGUAGGCUGAAGAAUAUUGCAGAACAGACUUUUUUAUCCAGGUGGUGGUGGUGGUGAGAAUAUAACCCACCCCUCCAUGGAGACAGUGGAACAGAGGCGUGUUGAUAUGGCUACACAGGAAGAUCAAGGCCGGGGGAGGCGAGGGAAACAUCUGCAAGCUAAUCCCGGUAUUUGAGCUAGCCAAGGCCUUGGCCAGGACUUAAGGUCCAGAGAUCAAUGAAUAUGCUGGAUGCACACAAUGAAAAGAGGAACUUGGUUUAUGGAUAUCUUGCAUGCAACAGGCUGGUUGUGACUAGUAAAAAUCUACAAGUGCAAAUGAUGUGUGGCAGUUAUCAACCAGCCAAUUGUCGAUGGAGAUGGUGCUUAUUGUUUGUCCUUUGGACUUGCUCUGGAACAGUUGCCUGGCAUCAUCUCACUUGUCUGCCUGAGUCUUCCUCCACCUCCCAUUCUAUCCUGGGCUUUCGGGAGGUCUUGCGAAAAGGCAAAGGAUGCACCAGCCGGGGACUCUCCUCCACGGGUCAAGAAGUGCACGUCAUCAGCCUGCGCAAGGGAAGGCCUGCCAACGCUCAGGUAACUCUUAUGUUGGCUCCAAAUCUUCUGAGCAGGGCCCCCAUCUUUGUAUUGCAUUCCCAGCAGCCAGUGCAAUGGAUGUUGUCAACUUCUCCUGGGAAAAAUUGGACCUUCCAGGUCUCUCUAGGCUCUAGCAUCUCAGCCACUCAACUGGUGGCAUCUGCAGAGACCGACUUCCCAAAUACUGCGAGAGGCCUGCUUAAGUGGGCACGUAGGAAACAUGGAGGGGUCACUUCAUUGGCUGAGUAUCAUGGAGUCAAUACAAUCUACACACGCCUGGGAUCUGGUGGGACAGCCCAGGCAACUUGCAAAUUGCAUAGGAAUUUCCUAACGCCCAAGCACUUUGCUUCUGAACGCCAGCUGCAGCCCCUGAGAAUUUGCCAGAAUCCUGAUCCUCCUCAAGAUCUUGAAGUUCACAUUAUCCUUUCCAAAGGUGUGGCCCCCAGUCUGCUCUCUUCUAGGCCCAGGCUGGUCCAUCUGACUGUUGAACUUCAUGCGGUUGGAAGAUCUCCACGCCAGAGGCUCCUCUUGAUCCUGAAGAGUGAAGGAACUGCCCAAUGGAUGGUUCGUGUCCACUGUUUCACUGGACAGCUGCAUGUACUGGCUUCACACAAAGUCACCGUCAGCAACCCAGAAAAGAAGCAGCCUCUCACGGUGAUUCAGCAGACGUCUCCUGAGCUGGCUAAUGCUAGAGAUCCUUUACAAUAUGCAGCAGAGCAGAAGCUACCGGUGUUCACCUCUUACACCGAAGCUGAGCGGGUGAACAGGUUUCUUCUGAUUGUUGGACUGAAGGAGGCCAUACCUGCUGCUCCUCUGGAGAAUCAUGAACUCUUUGGACCCAUGUUCUUGCUUCUCUCCAGACUUGCAGUUGAGAGACAGCAGUUUCCAGAGGCUGUCACUGUAAGCUGGGAAAACAAGCGGAAGGAAGAGGACAGUUCUGUUCUCUCUACCUUGGCUGCCGCUGAAACAGAGAAAGUUGAAUCUGAUUUCUGCUAUGGGAUCCAAAAGCCCAUGCAUGAAAAGGAGGAUAUAAAGAAAGCAUUUUCCUCAGAAGACAAAAAGUUACAGGACCGUCCUUUUCGCCAUGUUCAGCUCAGCCUAGAUGUGUCCAAUUCUGAGGCUUUUGUCAAACAACCAGGAUUCUGUAUCGUCUCUGCCAACAGCCGGGUUUUUGUGGAAGCAUCUUUGAUCACGUUUCACUUCUGUCUUGGCUUCACCAUCCAACAAUGCUUCAUCUCUGCCUCUUCGGAUUCUUCAGUGAUAUCUUCAUACCUGCUUAUCCAACAUGGCUGUGCAGCUGAUUCCCAUGUCAACCUGUUAGCACCUCAACAGGCAGUUCAGGACCAGGCAUCGCGCCCAAGAUACCACCAACGCCAACGACUAAGUUUUGUGCUCCAGCCUCGCUCCAAUCAUUCCAUUCAUUUCUUACAUUGUCGCCUGAUACUCUGCAACAGGGAACCUCAUGACUCCAGCAAAACUAGCGGUUCAAUCCCCAAGUGCCAGUUUGAGAACAAAGCCUGCAGGAGAGAAGAGCCAGCCAGUGGGGACUUCCAGCGUACCAUCACAAAGCCCAUCAUGGUGACCAUGGAAACUCCACUCAGACCACCUUCUCCUAGUCUGAAGCCAGAUAAAUCCCUGGCUAACCAGCAAGGAAAAGCAAAGAAUGCCAGGAAGUCGCAGAAGGCACAGCAAGUUCUGACUACUCCUUCCCCAGUUCUGGAGCUCCCAGCUGUCUUUGGCAUAGCCUUUUCAGCAUUCAUCAUUGGCAUCUCCCUCACUGGUGGCCUCUGGUUCAUUCAUUCUCAGACGCGUAAGAUGGCUGCCAGAAAGAAGGCCCAGCUUGCAAAUGAGAAAGCUCCUGAAGAAACAGCUGUUUCCACUACUCUGGAUAUUUCCUCAGCUUUGAAUGUAAACAGCCCUGCAGAUAAUUUCCUGUCCUAGAAGCCUCUCCUGAACACAGAUUCUGGGAUGAAUUUUCAAGCUUCUAUGAAUCUACUAGCCUUCUCCCUCUAUUACAAAUGGAAGCUUCAGUAUCUUUUUACUGUCCCUGAAUUGGUGCUUGAUGGUCCAACUUCAAUAAGUACAUGAGCAGCAGGAAGAUUUUUCAUUAUGGAACAAGGUGGAAGACUAAAAAGUUGUGUCUCUUCAUUGAAGUGUGCCUCCUCAACUGGGCCAUCAUCAAAGGGAACUGUCCUGCUUGAGUCUGUGCUGAAAUAUCUACAUUCCUCUACCGUGACAGAUGUGCUGCUGUUGUUAUACUUGGGGAAGUUAUCAAUUAAACACACUGGGAGAAAAGAUAGACUAGGGAACAUUUAAUAAUUCCUACUGAGUGUUAUCUGGCUGUGUUUUCCUGUCCAAUAGUGCUAAUACUUUGUAACUGAUAUAUGUACAUGACAUGCCCUAUCCAACAAAUAAACUAUUUUAGAUCUUAA